CUCAAGAUGUUGCUCAACGCCUUUAAGCCCGCCAUCUCUCCUGCUAUCGCUGCUCCGGUAAACUUGGAGCUUUCUCCUAGCCAUGGCCGCUCACGACACCGCACACGCCUACGCUGCCGAAACGCAGAUCGCCGUCGCCGCCGUCCGGCGGGCGUGCGUCCUCACAGCAUCAGUGUUCAACAAGCUCGUGAAGCAGGAGACGUUGACGAAGGAUGAUAAGAGUCCAGUCACAGUUGGCGAUUUUUCCGCGCAGGCGGUCAUCAACACGAUCCUCGAUCGCACCUUCCCGGACGACCCUAUCGUUGGAGAGGAGGAUGCUGCCGAUCUACGUGUUGAGUCCGGGAGGGCUCUGCGAGAUCGGAUCGUGGAACUCGCGAACGCGACCUUGAGCGCCGACCUUCAGCCUGGAGAGAAGGAGGAAUGGAGACUGGGACCCAAUCAUGGGAGAACCGUGGACCAGUUGCUGGAUGCGAUUGAUCGCGGGAACUACGACGGUGGUCGAACCGGACGAAUGUGGACCCUCGAUCCUAUCGACGGCACGAAGGGCUUCCUCCGCGGUGAGCAAUAUGCCGUCUGCCUCGCGCUCCUCGUCGACGCUCGCGUGGAGCUCGGCGUCAUAGGCUGCCCGAAUCUCCCUGUCACCGCCUCGAACCCCUCCGGUCCGCGUGGUUGCAUCUUCGUCGCCGUGCGCGGACAAGGCGCGUACCAGCUCCCGCUUGACAACCCUCUCAGUGGGGAGCGGACGAAGCUGACGAUCCCGACGUUCACGGCGGAGAACCUCAACUUCCUGGAGAGCGUGGAGAAGGCGCACGCGAAGCUGAGCUUCAAUGAGCGCGUUGGCCAGAUCCUGGGCGUGACGCGGGCACCAACGAGGAUGGACAGCCAGGCGAAGUACUGUGCGCUUGCAAGGGGCGACGGAGGCGUGUACCUCCGCAUGCCGGUCGGAUCGGGAUACAAGGAGAAGAUUUGGGAUCACGCAGCGGGCUCGAUCCUCGUCGAGGAAGCAGGUGGCAUCAUCUCGGAUGGACGAGGAGAGCCCCUCGACUUUAGUCUUGGGCGGACGCUGGGCGAGAACUACGGUAUCGUCGCGUGCGGUAAGGACGUGCACCCAAAGGUUAUCGCCGCUGUCAAGCAGGCGAAAGCGGAGGAGGCUCAGAGCCAGUUGUAGGCUUAUGUCAGUGUAUAUCAUCAGACAAUUGGCGCUCGCAUACUUAUGAAGUCGCCUUAUGCGCUCACUAUCGUAUGAGGCUC